AUCGAACAAUAUUACUACACGACUUUAUCUGGCUCGCAUGUUCUUGACAGUCUGCGUAGAAAGGCUGACCCUCUUUCCCGACAUUCCUUUCUCCUGACUUCCGGAUCUCAUCAAUCAUUUGUUCUAAUGCACCGCCCUCAUCUACUUUUCCUGGAUGCCUAUGACUCCUUUAGUAACAACAUCAUCAAUUUGCUUCAACAGGACCUCAAUGCUACUGUCGAGGUGAUCAAAAUUGACGACAAGCGAUUUCUCACGAGCGACGAUACAUGUUUCCGUGCCUUCCUUAGGCGUUUCGAUGCUGUAGUCGCUGGUCCUGGUCCUGGUGAUCCGAGGAAUUUGAACGACCUCGGUCUCAUUGCAAAGUUAUGGAAUCUACCUGAGGAUACCUACUUACCUGUCUUGGGCAUAUGUCUUGGAUUUCAAAGUCUUGCUUUGGCUUUCGGAGGUACUGCUGGCAGACUCCAUCAACCCCGGCAUGGCUUAGUGACUGAGGUUACCCACCAACGACAGUCGCUGUUUAAUGACAUUGAUGUUCUUAUGGCCACUCAGUAUCACUCACUUCACGUGAAGCUCGGCCAUGAUGUAGGCAAGACUUCUGCAGAACUUUGGAAGUCGACUCCGAGCUGUCCGGACAUCAUACCACUGGCCUGGGACUUGUCGGAUGAUCAAAACGGUCCUAUCCUAAUGGGUAUCAGACACGUUAAGAAGCCAUUCUUCGGAGUACAGUACCAUCCAGAAUCUAUCUGCACGAGUUUUGCUGGUGCCCAGAUUAUCCAUAAUUGGUGGUCCGAAGCAUUCGCAUGGAGGGUGGCCCGCGCAGCUACAGCUCAGAAGAAUGACACCUUACAUCUUACUAUCGAUGUCGACUCUUCUGAGACCAACAGCGAGAACGGCGAUGAUUCGGCAAGCACCACAUCAUCCUUAUUCGAUGCGGUCAACCCUACAAUCAGAGAUACGACCGCUACAACACCAGCUUUGACUCGUGACUCCUCGAGAAUGGGACGAGACCCCUCCUCCAGAUCAGUCACUUGGAAAUGUAUGGAUGUGGCUAGUGGCUCGAUUGAUGUAGCAUCUCUACUUCAAUCACUACAAAACGUGAACCACCAGACCAUAAUGCUUGAGUCUGGCAGUAAAAACGGUCAGCCUGUCAGACCUGAGACUGGCCGGUUCAGCAUGAUUGGCUGCAUCAACGACGCUAGAUCACUUCGAUACUCAACAGGCAACCACACGAUAAGCAGCAAUCUUUCCGGCACGGAUACUCUAUACACAGGCUCCAUGGCAGACGUGUGGUCCAAUGUCGAGACAUUCAUGACCGCGAAUAAGGCGACGGACGGAAACGCUGAUCUACCAUUCUGGGGCGGUCUUGUAGGAUUCGUCUCGUAUGAAGCUGGUCUGGAGACGAUUGAUGUUCCUCAACCAUUAAAUGGUGAUCGCCCAGAUGUUUGGUUCGUAUUCGUAUCACGUAGCAUUAUUGUUGAUCACGUGGAGAGCAAGGUAUAUUUUCAGAGUUUGGAGGAACACGAUGAUCGUUGGUUCGAAACAGCUGAGCAGGUUGUAAAGAAGCUCGACCAGAGGCUCGUUGGAAGCUUGACUAAGGACGAGAGACUGCCAGGGCUAGCUACCCCAAUCAUCACUGCGCCCAACGAUGCAGAGUACGUGCGAAAGGUCGAGACAUGCCAAGACCAUAUUCGUGCUGGCGAUUCCUACGAACUCUGCUUGACGGACCAAAGCAUUUUGUCCUAUGACGAAUAUUGUCGACCGACAUCGUUCGAGCUCUAUCAGCGCCUGAGGACAUCCAAUCCCGCGCCAUUUGGUGCCUAUCUACGCUUGAAAGAAGAAAAAGAAGGAAAAGAGUGUGGUGUGACCAUUUUAUCGUCGAGUCCAGAGCGCUUCUUGUCAUGGUCACGGAAAGAGAUGAUGCUGAAAAGCUGUUGAAUGUCGACAAGGAAAGAGCUGAAAACCUGAUGAUCGUUGACCUCAUCAGACACGAUUUGCAUGGAGUUGUGGGAUCUGGAAACGUGAAAGUGGAGAAGUUGAUGACCGUUGAGGAGUAUCAGACUGUAGGUAUCGAUGUGCUGGC